UAAAGUUAAGUAUUAACCUCAUAUGAAGCUAGCCAAAAACGCUGUUUCGAUUCGUAGCUUACCCGGACACGAAAUAAAAAUGGAAUUACGUCUGCCUAUAGACGAGAAAGAGAGUGCCACUACACUUUUAUAUGUCGUAACAGCAAACUUUGUUGCAAUCAAGGAACGAACGAAAGACAAAAAGAAACAGUACGUCUUUGUUUUCAACGUAGAUUGGUCAGAUGGUACGAGUAGCGUUGUGUGGAGGAGUUACAGCGAGUUCUUUGAUCUGCAGUGCCGGCUAUUAGACUCGUUUCCCGAGGAAGCUGGGAGUAAGAGGAGGGCUAGAAUCAUUCCAUACCUUCCAGGGAGACAAAUUUUCAAGAAGAGUGACAGUCACCUUGCAGAAGAAAGGAGACCCCAUUUGAUCAAAUAUACCAAUGAAAUUCUUAUGCUGCCCAAGAACAUUUCUCAGGGUCCAAUUGUUGUGUCUUUCUUCCACAAAAGAAAGGGUGACCCAGUAUGCUUCAACCAAUUCCCUUCAAAACUGAACACCAAGUUAGAAUUUCAAUUGUGGACAUCUCCAACAAAGGAAGAAAUUCAGCAACCAGAAACAAAUGAAGUAAAUGACAGUGAAAAUCAAGAUGGACAUGAUGCAUUUGGUCAAGUGAAUUUGUCAUAUGAAAGAUCUUUAAGUGUCGGCAAUAGAAAUUACAUUAAGAAAGACAGUUGACUUGAAACUUAUUUUAUUUCUAUAACAAAUUUUGUAAGAAGGUUUUGAUUAUGAUUAUUAACUUUAUUUUAUGAAAUUAUUUUAAUAGUAGCAUGAGACUCUUGAGAGGUUUUCAGCCCAUACAUAGAAUAGGAAUUAAGAUGGUGACCAAGGACAGCGAAGUGUUUUUGAAAGUGGGGGGAAAGGAGGAGUGGGGCUCAACUAUCCCUCAGGCAACACUAUGUGGAAUUUAAGCCUUGUUUCGGAAAUGCAAAAUUUUCCUUUGACUAUAUAACAUGGUAAAUAAUACAGUAAAAAUAUUUCUCCAGAACCCACAGCUCCUCCUAACCCCUCCCCCCUCCCCCCUCUCUCCUUGUCUCCACCGUCUCUGGAAGGAUGAAUGAGGUCCCCAGGGAGGGUACUCCCACAUAUGGACUAUACGGGGAUGAUAUACUGAACAGGGUAUGGUUUUUCGAGCUUCUUGUCAUAAACAGGGUAUGCAAUUUUCCUCAAAUUCCAAGUUUUUCCUGAGUUUCCUUUCAUAUUCAGGGUUUCUACUUUCGUAUUGACCGAAACUGGUCAUUAUGGUCAUAAAAAAACAAUACACGAGAUGACAUAAUAAUUGAAACAGGAACUCAGUGCAAUAAAUUAUAUCUUUUGUCAUAAACAGGGUCUACAAAUUUGAGUUUUUUCGUCAUAAACAGGCCUAGGGUACCCCUUUCAGAAUCCCAGCAGAACACCCCUACCCAAAUUCUGGUGGAGUACCCCCCGGGAUAAGGUCAAACAAAGCACUCAAUGUCUUGCCAAUUAUAGACCUAAUUUGUCUUGGCGUAAUGUUUACCAGUUCAGACCAAUUGUCAUUCCAUUAAGAAUAGGAUUCUUUAAUUUGAAUUUUAUCCAUAUAGCUAAUUUUAAAAUGUUAUUGUGAACUGGCUGAAGCCUAUGCGACUAGACUCAAAAGAACUAUGGGUAGAAAUCACUGAGGCAUGCAGCUUACUGCUGUAUCUGAUUAUAUAUGCCCUAGGGUUUACAUAAAUAUGGACCCUGGCUAGCAAAUGACCAGUAUUGAAGGAGAUAGUCUUUUAAUACCUUCAUAUUUUCGAAAUUUGGAACAUAACCUUUAGACCAUUAAUUUUCAUUUUGCAAAACCAGAAGACAUACAUUAUUAUUAUUAGUCGGUGUAAACAACUUAUUCAGAGUGGUUUCUUUGCUUCAGUUAUUUCUACCCAUACUCCCUUUCAGUCCAGUUGCACAGGCAUGAGCCGGUGGACCACAACAUUUUUUGAAUUGACUGUAUUCAUUUGUCUUCUCAUGUGCACCCUUUAAACAAUUUAAAGACAUGAUACUCUUGGGAAUGACACAUGGCCUGUAAUGCAUGGUUAAACAUGGUUAUACCCAUGUAAGAAUUAGCUGGUAACAUUCAGUCAGAACGCCCUGAAACCAUCCAAGCCUUAUUUAAUCAAUAAUCAAUAAUAGAAUAUAAAAUGACCACUAUUGAAUGCAUGUUGACUAGAGAUAAAUCGACAACAUGCACUCCUACAAAAAUAUUCCUUGGCAUAAGGAUAAAAAUGUACAUACAGACGUUACAAAUAUA